AUGACACUAGCCUGCAAAGCAGCCGACCUGCUCUCCCUCGCCACCCAUGCGCUAAACCACCUCAUGUCCGGCCAGGAAGUCCUUCGCUCUGCGGAUGAGCGCAAGUCCGCCCUGACGCAGCUCGCCUUGACAGUGCAGGCCGCGGCAAAGCUCGCUGAUGCCGCGUGCGCGGAGGUGCUGGCGGCGCGGGGCGGGGCGGGAACUGUGCGGGGUGGUGCCGAAGCUUUGACGGAGAGGAUUAAGGCCGAGACGGGGAAGCUAAACGCCGAAGCAGAGAAGAUAGGGAAGGAGGCGGAGAAGGCGGGUAAGGAGGCAGAGAGGGCGGUGGCUGAGACGGAGCGGCUGAAGGCGGAGGCAAUGAUGGUGCGGAGUGAGAAGAUGAAGAUCGAUGCUGAGACGGAGAGGGUUAAGGCGGAGACGCAGCGGAUGAAAGUGGAGGCGGAGAGACCGGUGCAGAGGACGGAAAAGGCAGAGGCCAGGGAAAACAUCAAGAGGCUAAGAGGCGAGGACGAGCGGAACAAAGUAGAGGUGGAGACGAUUGGUGAGGAGGUUGAGAGCCCAGUGCAGGUGCAGGAGUUGGACGAGGUGAAGACCGGGGAUUACAUGGAGAGGGUGGAGGCUGAGCUUGCGCGGAAGAAGCAGGAGGCGGAGAGGGGGGAUAUGAUCGCGUGA